UAACUAAUAUGAAUCCUCCCGCCUAAGCGCAGAAGAAGUCCAACGCAAACGACGACUUCACGAUGUCCUACACGCGCUCGCACAACUCGAAUUCGAGUUGUUUGUUUUCGGUUUUUUUUGGCAACUCUCCCACUAGUUCUGAAUGUGGCGGUGUGGUGCGGUACUGCAGUGAGGGGGCUAGGGUUAAUUGCAAAUUGCCAAUGCUUAAUUCUGCGCGCGAUGUUAGAAAAGAUCACGACGAGUUGUCUACCAUUAGACGUUAGUGUUUCGGUGACUGUGACCCAGUGUGCAUCCUUUUCCUGUUGUGACUGCAGAAAUGGUUCUUCUGAGGGGAGAUCCUGUGAAAUUGGCGCUUUCGCUGCUGAUGGUGUUGAGCUACGGAAGUUCUGUGCUGGGAAAUGGACUGAUACGGAACGACUGCGUGUGUGAUCCGCUGAAUGCCUUCCUCGACUCGUUGCCGCUCAAUCGCGAACGAACAGAUCAAUUGCUAGAGACGGAUGGCUAUCAAGGAAGAGCACACAGAGUUGUUACAAAGGAUGGCUACGUGCUGAAGCUGUAUCAGAUUUGGCGCGAUCAACAGCCAGUGGUGAACUCAACACGUGGGACGAUCCUGCUGCAGCACGGGAUCAUGCAUUCUUCAUCGGACUGGUUAGUGUUGGGACCGGGUCGAUCGAUCGCCUAUCAGUUGGUAGACCUUGGUUAUGACGUGUGGCUGGCAAACAGUAGAUCUACGAUGAACUCGCAUCAGCACGAGAAGUUCUGCACUUGUUCAAAGGAGUUCUGGGACUACAGUUGGCACGAACAAGGCUUUUACGAUCUGCCGGCGAUGAUCGACACGGUCCUGAACGAAACUCAGCAGCAGCGACUCCGGUUGUUAGUCUACUCAGAAGGUGGAGCUAUGGCAAUGGUCAUGCUCUCAACCCGACCCGAAUACAACGAUAAAUUGAUCGCGCUGGAUGCCAUGGCUCCGGCAGCGUUCGUCUCCAACACUUGGUACCGCUACCUGGCCAUACCGUUCGCCAAGAUCCCGAAAGUCUUCCGGUCGGCCUACGCGCUAUACUCAACCAACGAAGUUACGGUAGAGGCCUGCCAAACGGAGUACCAGAUCUGCUCGGAUCUUUAUUUCCAAUUCCUGAACGGUGAGAGCGUCGGCAUGAAUCGGUCCUGGGUGGAUCGAAUCUACCAGGCCAUGCCUGCCGGCGGAUCCAUCAAGGAGGUCCUGCACUACGUCCAGCUGAUCUGGACCCGCAAGUUCGCGCCGUUCGAUCACGGUCCGUCGAAGAACUUGCGGCUCUACGGACAACGGACGCCUCCGGAGUACCCGUUGGAUCGAGUGUCUGUGCCAGUGAACAUCCACUACGGACUACGGGAUAAGAUCGUCGAUCCGGUGGGAGUGAUGCGGCUUGGCUCCCGGCUCAUCAACAGCCCAAGGGUUCGCAUGAGGCCGUACGACGAGCUGCAGCACUCGGACUUUAUCUACGGCGAUGCCGCUUAUAAUAUGGUGUACAAAGAUGUUCUUAUGUGGAUAACGGAAUAAAGUGAAGGGGUUAAUGGAGCCGUGUG